AAAAAUCCCCAAACUACAUUUGAGCAAAGAAGCAUACAAUUAUCGGGUUUUACGAUCGGAGGUUCAUCCAUGUCGGACUAUCUACCUCAAGAAACCCUGGUCGACAUCUUCACAAGACUACCCAUCAAGACUCUCCUGCAAAUCAGGUGCGUUUGCAAAACAUGGUACGCUCUAAUCAACAGCCCUAUUUUCAUCACCGCACACAUCAAUCGAACUAUUGCAAACACCACCACUCCAUUACUACUCCUCAGGUAUCAUUCUAGGUAUGGCAGAGUAGAAGAGCACUACUCGGUACAUUGCGAUGACGAAACAUUUGAUGAGCGCUUGACACUUGAUUGUGCUAAAGAUUGCUACCGCAUAGUGGGUUCAUGUAAUGGUUUAAUUUGCUUGUCCGAUGAUUUAUUCGCCAUGAGUGUAGCAGAGUUUACAAAUGUUAUCAUUCUGUGGAACCCAGCCAUUCAAAAGUCCGUCAGACUUCCGAUGCCCCGAUUUACAGACGACUCACAUGGUCUACUCAGGUUUGUUCUUGCGUUUGGGUUCGAUUCUCGGACUAAUGACUACAAGGUUGUGAGAAUUGUUCAUCUUCACAAUUCGUUUGAUUUUGUAGUUCCGCCCGAGGUUGAUGUUUAUGAGCUUAGCACGGGUGUGUGGAGAAGCAGUGGUUCUGCUGCUCCUCCAUAUUACGCGAAUGUUGGUCAUUGGUCACAUGUUUUUGUGAAUGGGGCUUCACAUUGGGUCGCAUUUGAGUGCUUGGGAGUUUACGGUUUCAAACAAAAUAGGAAUUUGAUUUUGUCAUUUGAUAUGGGUAGUGAGGUUUUCAAAGAAAUGAUACUUCCGGAUAGUGUUGCUAAUGGCCGUAAGCUGAAUUUGUCCAUUGCACUUUUUGGGGAAUCUCUCUCUGUGUUCCAUUAUGAUGAUGGUUAUUGGAGUACAAGUAAGAGUUGUUGCAUAUGGGUGAUGAAAGAAUAUGGUGUAGAGGGUUCGUGGACCAAAUUGUUCACUGUUGAUCUAGGAGGAAUAAACAAGGUUUUGGGAUUUAGAAAAACAGGUGAAGUUCUAGUGGAAAAGAGUGAUGGAGAGCUGGUUUCAUAUGAUCCCAAUAGCGAAGAAGAGGUCGAAACUGGAAUCCGUAGCUGUCAAUCCUCGCUUCACUUGGACACUUACAUGGAAAGCCUAGUUUUACUCGGAGGAAAAAAUGAAGUACUAAUGGGAAGAGAAUGUAACAGUAAUGCCUUUACUGAAAAUUUUGGAGAAGAGGAUGGAGUUAAGGAGGCAGACAAUGUGAAUGUACUUCGCAAUAUUUGGACUUCUUGUCUUGAUUUUUGUUGUUUUUAUCCUUGGAUAGAUGAGAUGAGAUUGACCUUGCUAUGUAUAGACUUAAAAACUCAACUUUGCAUCACAGCAUGUUUCAUCCAGCAAAAGUUGUUGCCUUUGUUAAGCAUGUAAGGGGUAGUCUUUUGUUAUUUUAACAUCUACAUCUGCAGAAAUGUAUAGGGUUGUGCGGUGUUCAUUUUCAGAUUCUCCAAUGUUGUAAAUGUUAGAUGUUCUUGGUAUUUUUCAUAUA